CGUGUAUUCGCAAAUGAACACAACUGCAAAUAAAGCCCCCCCCACGGAACGAGUCCGUACGCGAUGGUCGUGAUCACGGGGCGCGUAAUCGAAGUAGAGGAAAGGCUGAAAAAAGCGUCUCGUAUCACUCUUUAAGGUUACUUUAGGUCUACACUGGGUGCACGUCUGUUUUGUUCUUGAAACGAGAAAAGUGCUGCUCAAAGACCGGAAACAACGGCAAAAAAGGACUUCACGUCUCCAUUCACUCCUCUCUUCGGCCCAAGACUGCAUAAAUCCAGACGUCAACUAAGAAUCUUUAGUGUUAGAUGCUGUUAAAAUGGGGAACAGCAAUAGUGACAGAGCCAGCGGGAGUCAGAGUGAAAGAGGCAAGGAGGCGCGUCCCAACAUCCUGAUAGACAGCACAGAGGAUGCAGAUAUAUUCCAGAGGGAGGAUACAAAGGCACCACAGGAGGAACAGGAGUUUCUGGCCUGGCAGCAGGACCUGGAGAGCGAAAACAAAUGUCCGACCCUUGCCAGGCCAACGGUGUUCCGCUGGGCCGGCAGCGCCAAAGAGGUCUUUGUGUCUGGCUCAUUUAACAACUGGUCCACCAAGAUCCCUCUCAAUAGAAGCAAGAACAACUUUGUGGCAAUCAUGGACCUGCCCGAGGGAGAACACCAGUACAAAUUUUGUGUAGACGGACAGUGGACAUUAGAUCCAACAGGGGCCGUGAUCACAACCAAAACCGGAACCGUUAAUAACAUUAUCCAGGUGAAGACAACUGAUUUUGAAGUCUUCGAUGCCCUCCGAAUUGACUCUCAAGAUUCUGCAGACAUCUCCGACUUGUCCAGUUCUCCUCCUGGUCCGUACCAACAAGACGCUUACGUCGUCAAGCCAGAAGACAAGCUCAAACAUCCGCCUAUUUUACCCCCACACUUGCUCCAAGUGCUGCUCAACAAAGACACGGGCAUCUCAUGUGACCCAACCCUGCUUCCUGAGCCCAACCACGUGAUGCUGAAUCACCUAUAUGCCCUCUCCAUUAAGGAUGGCGUAAUGGUUCUGAGUGCAACACACAGAUACAAAAAGAAGUAUGUGACUACUCUUCUGUACAAGCCCGUAUAGCUAGAGAUCAUUGUCAUGAAAAUGUAGUGGCUGCUGAUGUUUUCAUAAUUUGAUAUUUCCUUUUCUUUUUGUUUUUAUUACAAUGGGCCUUAUUUUUUAAAUUGAUGCAUAGAUUUUUUUUUAUUUAACUCCACACACAAUUUGAAUACUGUAUAAUCACCGUCAGAUUCAUGAUGUGUGUAUGUUGAUGAAUCUGAAUUCAAUCUAAAUGAAAGCUCAUGCUGUAAUUUACAUAUGCCUUUCCUUUAUUUGACCAUAAACGGGCAUCAUCCCUUUGACAGCAUUUCAGUCAAUGCCGAGGGUUUAUAAGUCAGCUCAUUAGCAAAUAGCCAAUUGAAGUUGAUGUUUAUUGUUAAACAUAUUGAUUUUAUAAAAGACUGUAAUGUCGAAAGGUUGUGCAUCCUGGGUAAAAGUGAUGUUUUUUUUUUCCAAUGGCUGAUACAUGCAUUGUGCAUUUGCAUGAUCUGACAGGUUUGUUUGCGGAAUGCGCACAAAAACAAGUCUGACCAUAUUGACGAUCGAUUGAAUAACAUUCCCAUGUCAUUUUCUUUAGGUGUGUUCAAAUCCAUGUGUGAUAGUAUGAGAACUAUUGCGCAACCUUUUGGCUCAAUGAACCAAAUUGAGUCCAAGUUGCCUCGAAUCUCAAACCAAAGCUAUAAAUUUGUAUUGCUUUUGUGGUAUGGAGGCUUAUAUGUACACCUAAUCUAUCCUGAUUCAUUUCUAAAUGUUCAUUUUGUUUGUCGAAACAAGAAAUAAAUAUGCAUUUUGAUAAGAA